AAAAGAAAAAGAUUAUGGCGUCAAGAUUACCAAAUGAAACUUUACAACAUAUAUUUAGUUACGUAGAAGAUAUCAAAUCAUUAUAUUCGAUUAUUCAAGUAAAUCAUGCUUGGAGUCAAAAUUCCAUCAAAUUUUUAUAUAAAAAACCAUUCCGGAAUGAUAUCAAGUUGAAUAAUCAAAUAGAGAUCAUUUUUAGAUUUUUACCUUUUAUUGAAAAGGACAAGGAUUUAGGUAAACACUUGAGAAAAUUUUUAUUAGACGAAAAUGAUGAUGAUGAAAAUUUAAUAAAUGAUGAUUCACGGGAAAAGGUGGUGGAAGAUUUUGCUUUACCAAAACAUGCUAUGUUUGAUUAUCCUAGUUUUGUUACACAUCUGGAUUUUCAAAAUCUUUUUAGUGUUGUUACAGAAUUUUUCAUUAUAUAUAAAGAAGUAUUUGAUGUUUGGAAAAUAGAAAAAAAAAGACAAGCGGAACAAUCCGAAAGCC